AUGGAGAGGAAACGGUGGUUUGAGAACCUGAACAAUCUCUUUUCCUCUCUUACAGGACAUAUUUUGACAUCAGUAUCCAAUAAAAGGAUGUUACACACCCUCUUAAUUUCCAUCAUGAUUAUGGGAUGCUUUUUAACAUCGUGGUUGCUGUACGUCAAACCAUCAAACACUUGGAUUUUUGGUCCUGUGUCUGUGAAAAAUUCCUUUAUACCUGCAGAGAAUGACACAAUAGUGCUCAUUUGGUUUUGGCCUUUUGGUCAGACAUUUGAGCUCAAUUCCUGUGAGUCUCAUUUUAACGUCCGUGACUGUUAUUUGACAGUAGAUCGAGACAUGUACAGUAAAUCCCAUGCUGUCCUUUUCCAUCACGGAGACAUAAGGAAGGACUUGACUAACUUGCCAACAGAACCUCGGCCAGCUUUUCAGAAAUGGGUUUGGAUGAAUAUGGAAUCACCUACUAACGCUCGAAGAAAUAGUGGACUUGACCAACUCUUCAACCUAACUUUGACGUACCGGCAGGAUUCAGAUAUUCAGGUGCCUUAUGGGUCUCUAAUAGCAAGCAAAGUUCCAUUAGAUUUUGAAUUGCCCAGUAAAAGCUAUCUGGUGUGUUGGGUUGUAAGCAACUGGAACUCUAACUAUGCCAGAGUGAAGUAUUACAAUGAACUCUACAAAUAUAUUGAAAUCAACACUUAUGGUCAAUUCCUCUGGUUUCGCCUGAGCAAUGAAAAAUUGAUCCCUACAAUAUCGAGAUGCAAGUUCUACCUUUCCUUUGAGAACUCAGUACAUGAGGAUUACAUAACUGAAAAGCUCUACAAUGCCUUGCUUGCAGGCACUGUGCCUGUGGUCUUGGGGCCAUCGAGAAAAAAUUAUGAAAAUUACAUUCCAGCUGAUUCCUUCAUUCAUGUGGAUGAUUUCAAAUCAGCUCAAGAACUUGCAGCCUACCUGCACAAGCUGAAUGAUAAUGAGACCUUGUACAUGAACUACUUCAAAUGGAGAAAAUAUUACACAGUGCGGAUUGCUCAUUUCUGGGAUGAACAUGCAUGUAAUGUGUGUGAGAAUAUAAAACAACAUCAAGAAUAUCGAUCAUUUUCCAAUUUGGAGAACUGGUUUUGGAAUUAA